UAUCUGUGCACUGGCAAUUUGGUCACGUGACCUGCUCUUGUUGCCCAUAGACAGCAAUCCUUCAUCGACUUCUUUGGUUUAUAGCCACGAGGUUUUUAGAAUUAUUUCAAUUUAUUAGUGAAAUAAUAAAAAGAUACUUCAUUUUAUUCGAACAAAAUGCCGCCUAGUAACCCAUUGCCACCCAAAGAAAAUGCACUUUUCAAAAGAAUUUUGCGCUGCUACGAACACAAACAAUAUAAAAAUGGCUUGAAAUUUGCCAAGCAGAUAUUGUCUAACCCUAAAUUCGCAGAGCAUGGAGAAACAUUGGCUAUGAAAGGACUAACUCUGAAUUGCUUGGGUCGCAAAGAAGAAGCUUAUGAGUAUGUCCGCCGAGGACUCCGCAAUGACCUUAAGUCUCCCGUGUGCUGGCAUGUGUAUGGUCUGCUCCAGCGAUCUGACAAAAAAUAUGAUGAGGCAAUUAAAUGUUACCGUAAUGCUCUCAAGUGGGAGAAGGAGAACAUUCAGAUUCUCCGUGAUUUGUCAUUGUUACAAAUUCAAAUGCGUGACUUGGAAGGGUACAAAGAUACCCGUUACCAGUUGUUUAUGCUCAGACCUACACAGAGAGCGUCCUGGAUUGGUUUUGCUAUGAGUUAUCACCUUCUUGGUGACUAUGAGAUGGCAAUCAGCAUCCUGGAUGCUUUCCGUACAAAUCAGAUGAAGGGUACUGAUGAUUAUGAGCAUUCAGAGUUGCUGUUGUACCAGAAUAUGGUGCUUGCGGAGUCUGGACAGUAUGAAAGAGCUUUGCAGCAUUUACAAAAGUUCUCGUCGCAAAUCCUUGACAAGUUAUCUAUUAAGGAAACCUCUGGCGAAUAUUAUUUGAAGUUGAAGAGAUUUAAGGAAGCAGAAUCUGUUUAUGAAGACUUACUGAAGAGAAACCCUGAAAAUGUGAUGUAUUAUGAAAAGUUAAUAGAAGCUAAACAACUUGUUGAUCCUGAUGAGAAAGUGGCCUUCUUUGAAGUUUAUAAGAAAGAAUUCCCUAGAGCGAUAGCGCCGCGCCGGCUACAGCUGACGGAGGCGCUUGCGCAGCCUGUGUUCGAGAAACUAGUUGAUGAGUACCUUAGACACGGAUUACAUAAAGGAAUACCCCCGCUAUUUGUUGAUCUCAGGUCGUUAUACGCAAUUCAAGACAAAGCAGAAACAAUAGAGAAAUUAAUUCUCCAAUAUUUGGAGAAUCUUUCGAAAAAUGGUACUUUUGGCCCGGACCCUAGUGAAGUGAAACAGCCGGCGAGCGCGUUGCUAUGGGCGUAUUAUUACGCCGCGCAACACUUCGAUUACAAGAAGGACACGGACAGGGCUCUCCAAUACAUUGAUGCAGCCAUCGACCACACACCCACCCUCAUAGAAUUAUUUAUUGUUAAAGGAAGAAUUUAUAAGCACGCCGGCGACCCGGUGUCGGCGUACCAGUGGCUGGAGGAGGCGCAGGCGAUGGACACGGCCGACCGAUACGUCAACAGCAAGUGCGCGCGGUACAUGCUGCGCGCCGGACAUGUCAAGCGCGCUGAGGACAUGUGCGCCAAGUUCACUAGAGAAGGAGUGCCAGCGACAGAGAACCUGAACGAGAUGCAGUGCAUGUGGUUCCAGACGGAGGCCGCGGCCGCGUACAAACGUCUGCAGCAGUGGGGAGAGGCGCUCAAGAAGGCGCACGAAGUCGAUAGGCAUUUCUCCGAGAUAAUGGAGGAUCAGUUCGACUUCCACUCGUACUGUAUGCGCAAGAUGACGCUGCGAUCGUACGUGGGACUGCUUCGCCUGGAGGACGUGUUGCGUGCGCACCCGUUCUACUUCCGCGCCGCGAAGGUCGCCGUCGACGUCUACCUCAGGCUCGACCAGCAUCCACUGCAGGACGCGCCGCAGACUGCUGAGCCGGAUACAGAAAACUUGGCACCUUCGGAACUGAAGAAACUUAGGAAUAAACAAAGGAAAGCGAAACGCAAAGCUGAACAAGAAAGUGCGCUACAGGCUCAAGUACAGGUGAAACGCGAGCAGCAUCACAAAGCAAGGCAGCAGCAGGAGCAAGGAGAUCCCGAGGCGCCACAGUUAGAUGAACUCAUACCUGACAAACUAGCCCGUGCGGAGGACCCGUUAGAACAAGCGCUCAAGUUCCUACAACCGCUAAGAACGCUCGCCGCAGAUAGGAUAGAUACACAUUUAAUGGCCUUCGAAAUAUACUUUAGAAAAGACAAGCCCCUGCUGAUGCUGCAGAGCAUAAAGCGCGCGCACCGACUGGACGCGGCGCACCAUCACCUGCACGACUGCUUGCUCCGGUUCCAGGGCUGGCUGGACGACAACCUCGCCAGCCUCAACCCCGCCGUCGCCGCCGUUAUCACCAAGGAAAUUGAACCGAUGGUCCGCGGGCGCAGCACGGAGGAGAUGGCGGAGCAGUUCGUGUCGCAGCCGGGCGCGGCGCGCUGCCAGGCGGGCGCGCUGAGCGCGGCGCGCGCGCUGCGGCGCCUCCGUCCGCCGCGCGCGCUGCACGCGCUGCAGCUCGCCACCUCGCUCGACUACCCCGACCUCUCCAUACAGGGUUGUGUAGACGUGCUAGACAGUCUACGAGACGGCGACUUCGGGCCGUGCGAGAAAGAGAUAGAGCAAUAUAUCGAAGCGUGUCGCAAGAAGUUCCCGUACGCCAUCGCGUUCAAGCCGGCGUCGGAGCUGAGCGAGCUGGCGGACGACCACGUGGCGGACGACGCCCCGCUCCAACCGAAAGAGAUCGCCGUCAACAACUGAGCACACCGCGCGCCACUCCUUCCUCGAAAACGGUCUAAAACUAUAUACCAACUGUCUAAGCGUUCGAUAGUUUCAAACCUGAAACGUAAAUAUCGAUUUGAACUCUUCAUAGACCAAAGUCCUAGCUGACAGCUUUGUGUUCCGCUGAGAAUGCCAUUGUGAAUUCUGUCAAACGUAGUGAUAGGUUUUUUAAUUAAAAUUAAUUCAUUUUUUAUAAAUCAGUCUUACAAGUACUGAUCCACAACCCCAAGUACUCCAUUGAAUAGAUUACAAAUUAGUGUUAAGUACCGAAUUCGAAACGCUUUUUGAUAUACUGAAGGUGCCGAGAUUGUAAGCAAUAAUAGUGUAACGUGAUUAAUUCUUAAUUAUACAGAUUCUACGACUUAGACAAUUCGUUUUCAGCGGAAUAUAGAGACAUUGUAAUAUCCAAUUGAUCAGAAUAUUAGUAAUAAUGUUGUAUCGAGAACAUAUUGACUGACGGACGUCGCUGCUGUAAGUCUUUUAAUCUAGAUGUACUUUUAAAUUAACGUGUUCUUAUUACCAAGAUGGUAAUCCUGAUUACCAAAUUAAUAAUAUUGAUAUUAAUUAAUGAAUUAGUGUGGUCAUACGCAAAUCAAUAGUUACACCUACGAACUACGAAAACCAAUCUUACUGCUACGGAAUAGAGACUGCCAAAGUUGAUGAGUGCUGGAACAUUCUAUGAAUAUAUUUAUGUAGCCAAAUUUGUUGUUAGCGAAGUUUUAAUAAUGUUGUUUUUGAAUAGGAAUAAAUUCAUUGUCCCUAGAACAUGUCUGUAACGAUCGUAGCGUUUGUUCUGUGAAACGAUGCUGAUUUCUCGCUCUAAUAGCGGUUCUUGUUCGUCUAUAAAAUAAUCGUUACGAUGAAGCCUUUACAUUUGUCAAGGAAAGUAUACAUAUAUUCGGAGUUCGAAUGUUUUUUUUUUUGUUACUUUUUAUAAAGAUUUCUUUUACCACAUAUAGUUGUCUAUUCAAGGAACCUACAAUCAAAAUUGUCCUGGGACACCUGUAUGUUAACAGGAAUUUAUUCUUAUACAGGGGCAUCGUAAAAUAUACGAAGGCCGAGGCAAACAGUUACAGUGUAAACCUUAAAGCAGAAUUAAUUAUUUUGGUGUGUCGUAUCGUGCCAUCGUGGCCACAAAUCGGCUGCAAGCAUUCGGCAGCCCACACGGCACGCCUCGACAUAAAAGUAUCUUUUUAACUUUAGUAAAUGUAUGAAACCGAUAUGUCACAAUAAUGUAUUUCUGCCUUUACAUUAUCGUACCGUGAACGACUCUAUUCGUUUAAUAUUCAUUCUUGCAAUGAAUUAUCUCAAAUUGUUUUAAAGGUAGUGAAGUGGUUCAUGAGUAUAACCUUAACUAUUGCAUAGCAUUAGAAUAGAUACGCGGCGAUCGAACACUUAUCGUUAACUGUAUUCUAGAUUGUAAUAACUUGGUAACUGAUGGAAUCUUCAUGUCGACAGCUCUAACAUAAAGACGUAGGAUAAUUUGUUUAAUGACUCCCGAGUCUCGAGUUACAAAAGGUGUGAAAAACAUGUUCCUUUAUAUUGUUUAGUUUGUAAGACAGUUUUUUAUGUUAUUAUUCCCAUAGCUAAAUCCUUUUUCAAACAAUUUCGAGCUUCAUUCAAAUAUCUAUUAAGUAUCUGUUAAUUAAUACCUCUACAACCCGUUAUUCAUUCUUUAAAAAUGUUUCUAAGAUUACUGCAACUGUUAGAGUUGCGAAUUGACAUAAAAUAACAAUAGUCGUUACAUGUUUGUCUUAUGAUGACUUAAUGUUAACAGUUAUAUCUAGUCCUGUGAUCCUCUAAAUGCCUCUUAUGUAAUGGCAAUCCUUAGCAAAGAUAAAUUGUUUAUGUAUGUAUUUUUUACUAAUUAGCAAAAUUAAUUGGUUUGGAAUGUCUGUG